UUGGCUCCCGUCGCACCGACUGGCGUUGUAACAAUGAGAUCGUGACGAACUCCUAUCCGAAUCUGGAUCGGGGUAGCGCGACCUCUUGUAGUAAGUACUACUGAUUGCUGUGUACGCGCCCUCGAAAAACGGCGCGCGUGCCGUCACGGGAAGCACGCUAGUGGUAAGUGCUGCUAUUCGUCGACCCGGUUGCUCACCGGUUCCAUGACAGAAGUCUCACAGGUUUGAGACCAUUCCAACUUUGCGAUGCGUCCACAGGGGCGACCUUGUUCGCUAGUGUCUCCCACCGGGAUCGCCGUUGUAUAUAAUAUCUGCGUUAAUGUGAGGUGACCUCUAUCUACGGUCGCACACCUUCUUCUUUCUUGCUUUCGCAGCCCUUUUGCUUUCUUCCUGGCCUCUUUCACGUCAUGUUCUCUUCCUUUCUCCUGCCCAUCGCCCUCGCCGCCUCGGUGGUUACGGCUCAGACCACUACGGACGUUAACUCACUGAUCGCCGAACUCAUUACCGCUCCGAACCACAAGGGUCGUGUUGGCGAUCUUCCCAAAGACUCCGAUUUCGUCUUCGACUUCGCUAAUCCCCCGGCUGCUGGUGUGACCACAGGUGCCGGUGGGCACCUUGUCCUCGCGUCUGUCGCCGACUUCCCAGCGCUGGUUGGUAAUGGUAUUGCCAUUGCCGCCGGUUUCCUUGGGCCAUGCGGGAUGAACACUCCCCAUACACACCCGAGAGCAACCGAGUUCCUCUAUCUAGUCAACGGGUCGCUCACGAACGGAAUGAUCACGGAAACGGGCUCUCGCUUUAUCAUCAACAAUAUCACGUCUGAUCAAGCGAUGCUCCUGCCCCAGGGCUCUAUCCACUUCCAGUUCAACGACAACUGCGAGACUGUACACUUCGUUUCCGCUCUGAACUCGGCUGACCCCGGUGUACUCUUGGCUGCGCAAGGGCUGUUUGGCUUGCCUCCGUCUAUCGUUGCUGCGUCACUCGGUCAGCUGGGUGUCGAGGAGGUGGCUGGCAUUGCGACUAUCAUUCCUGAUGACAUCGCCUUUGGCUCGCAAGAAUGUCUGGCGCGGUGCGGCAUCAACCCCGGUCAGCAGCCUACGAAAGAGCAGGUCCCUCGUGUCUCCGGCAAUGCUCUUCCUUCGGCCAUCAUGACUGCUAGUGCAUGGACCCCAUCGGCGACAACGCCCUACACGAACCAGAGCUCGAACCAGAGCCGGAGCGUCCUCGGAGCAAUCGCCGACUCGUCUUCGGGUUCGUCAGGCUCGUCCUCCAAGAUGCAACCAGUUGAGAUCGCGCUUAUCGCUGUCGUGGGUGUCAUGGGCGCGGGUUACCUCGUCAUUGCGGCCAUCUUCUUCAUGCGCCGCAGGAGCAGCGCAAAGCAAAACCGCACCUAUACUCGUCCUCCCAUGAAAGGCCGCGCCCUCGUCCCCACUCUCGACAGCGAGGUCCCUGACGUCUCUGACGACAAGCCUUACGACCCGGCUGAUUCGCAGCAGUCGUUCUACAACCAUCUCCACGCAUGAUUACUCUUCCGAGUCGUUCGUUCUAGUUGUUGAGUCACGGCUAUGACGUGUUGGGCCUUUGGGGUAUCCUUGUUGAUUGGUAGUAUGGCUAACGGACAAAUACCUUUUUGUAGCCGUAUCAUUACCUUCUAGAACUAAUUUAUAUUCUACGUCUGUCUUUCGCAGCCAUGACAAUCAAAUUGUAUGGGAUCGCGAGCUGAUAAUGAGCGAUUUGCC